GCGCCAUUUUUAGAUGAUACAGCCAGUAGUUUCACGAUUACUUUCCAAACGCAAGCAAAAUCAGUUUUUAGGCAUACAAUAUUUUACAAUUUUCAUAUAAAUUCGUAAAAAUCGUAUAAAUACAGAAGCGCAGAGUUGUGUUGUUUUGCGUUUUUCUUAAAAGUGACAGUUAACGUUAAUCAUGGAUGUCGCCGACUCUCAAGUGGGCCAGCUCCGCGUGAAGGAUGAGGUUGGAGUACGAUGCCAAAAAUUGUUCCAGGACUUUUUGGAAGAAUUCAAGGAAGAUGGAGAACUCAAGUACCUGAAAGCUGUGGCUGAUUUGAUAAACCCGGACCGUUCCACCCUGGAAGUGAGUUUCGACGACCUGGAAAAGUACAAUCAAAAUCUUGCCACCACCGUAAUCGAAGAGUAUUAUCGUCUCUUUCCGUUUCUGUGCCAAGCGGUAUCAAAUUUUGCGAAGGAUCGUACCGAACUUAAAAAGGAAAAGGAAUGUUAUGUGUCUUUUACGGACGUCCCAACCCGGCAUAAAGUGCGAGAAUUGACAACGUCGAAGAUUGGUUCUUUGAUACGCAUUUCCGGCCAGGUUGUGCGUACCCAUCCGGUUCACCCGGAACUGAUCUCUGGUACCUUUGUCUGUUUGGACUGUCAAACGGAAAUACGGGAUGUGGAGCAGCAGUUCAAGUUCACUAAUCCCACAAUCUGCCGGAAUCCAGUUUGUGCCAAUCGACGCCGCUUCAUGCUGGAGGUGGACAAGUCUCAGUUCAUCGACUUCCAAAAAGUGCGCAUCCAAGAGACGCAAGCGGAACUUCCGCGGGGUUGUAUUCCGCGCUCGGUUGAAGUGAUUCUUCGUGCCGAAAUUGUUGAAACCGUCCAAGCGGGAGACCGUUACGAUUUCACCGGAACAUUAAUCGUUGUGCCGGAUGUCGGUGCCCUUCAGAUGCCCGGAGCCAAAGCCGAGAUCGGUUCCCGUCAUAAGCAAGGUGACAAUGCAGUCGAAGGCAUCCGUGGCCUAAAGGCUCUUGGUGUCCGAGAUUUGAACUACAAGAUGGCCUUCCUGGCGUGUUCGGUGCAAGCGACCUCGUCCAGGUUUGGAGGAACGGAUUUGCCAAUGAGCGAAGUGACGGUCGAAGACAUGAAGAAGCACAUGACCGACGCCGAGUGGAGCAAGAUUUACGAAAUGUCGCGUGAUCCAAAGCUUUACCAAAAUUUAAUAUCCAGCCUGUUUCCUUCGGUGUACGGGAACGAUGAGGUGAAACGUGGAAUUCUGCUGAUGCUGUUUGGAGGUGUCGCCAAAACAACCCAAGAAAAAACCACUCUCCGUGGAGACAUCAACUGCUGCAUUGUGGGCGAUCCCAGUACAGCGAAAUCCCAGUUCCUGAAACAGGUAGCAGAUUUUUCUCCUCGCGCUGUCUACACCUCCGGAAAGGCAUCGUCCGCAGCCGGUCUCACGGCAGCCGUCGUAAAAGACGAGGAAAGUUUCGACUUUGUGAUCGAGGCCGGAGCAUUGAUGUUGGCCGAUAAUGGAAUCUGCUGCAUUGACGAGUUUGACAAGAUGGACCCCCAUGAUCAGGUGGCAAUCCACGAAGCCAUGGAACAGCAGACCAUUUCGAUUGCCAAGGCGGGUGUGCGAGCCACUUUGAAUGCUAGAACAUCGAUUCUAGCAGCUGCGAAUCCCAUUGGAGGUCGGUACGAUAGGUCCAAAUCCUUGCAGCAAAAUAUCCAACUAACGGCACCGAUCAUGUCUCGGUUUGAUUUGUUCUUCAUUUUGGUGGACGAAUGCAACGAGGUUGUGGACUAUGCGAUCGCACGAAAGAUCGUAGACUUGCAUUCAAACAUCGAGCAUACCAUUGAUCAGGUCUACUCCCGAGAAGACGUUCUCCGGUAUAUCAUGUUUGCCCGACAAUUCAAACCGAUCAUCACAAAAGAGGCGCUUGAAUUGUUGGUUGAGAAUUACGGCCAUCUUCGGCAAAGGGACACCGGCACAUCUGGCAAAAGCACUUGGCGAAUCACGGUUCGUCAGUUGGAAAGCAUGAUCCGACUUAGCGAAGCCCAGGCCAAGAUGGAGUGUUGCGAAGAAGUAUCAGAAAAACACGUCAAAGAAGCAUACCGUCUGUUGAACAAAUCGAUCAUUCGCGUUGAACAGCCAGAUAUUCAUUUGGACGAUGACGAUGAUGCGGCCCUGGCAAUGGACGUUGAAGAAGAAACACCGCAACCGGAGACUCUCGAUCAGAAUGGACAUGCCGAAAAUGGCGGCAGCCAGGAGAAUGGCACAAGCCACGCGGCUCCCAAGAAGAAGCUGACUUUAUCGUUCGAAGAGUACAAAAAUCUCUCGAAUAUGCUGGUGCUUCACAUGCGCACUGAGGAGGCACGGUUCGAAAGCGAAGAGUCCCAAUCGGAGGGCGUGAAAAUGUCGGAACUGAUUAAUUGGUACCUGGAGCAGGUAGCCGAACAAAUAGAGUCGGAGGAGGAACUGGUGGAGCGGAAAACACUGGUUGAAAAAGUCGUUGACCGGCUGAUAAAUCACGAUCAAGUUAUCAUCCCAUUGAAAACAUCCACUUUAGGUGACAAAGAAACACAGGAGGAAGAUCCAGUUCUCGUGGUUCACCCCAAUUAUAUUAUCGACAUGUAAUUUCUAAAGUGUGUUUUAUUCUAUGGAUAAGAUUGCAUGAUUUUUUUUAAUAUAAGGAAACAUUUUACCUGAAAA